AUGCUGUCGACGCUGAGCCCGUUCGCUGCUGCUGCUGCUCCUACUCUUCCCAACACCUCCCACUCCCCUCCCCAUUUCUCGCCUCGCCUCCUCUCCCACCCUUCCUAUCUCCUUCUCGAUCUCUGCGCCGACCGCCGCGAGGUCCGCCUGUUCCUCCCCCAAGUCGUCAAGCGCGGCCUCCACCUUGAGCACGUCUUCCAAACCAAGCUCGUAGCCCUCUUCUCCCGCUUCGGUGACCUCCACGAUGCCACCCUCGUCUUCGGCUCCGUUGAGGACAAGACCGACGAGCUCUACCACUCCCUGCUCAGGGGCCACGCCAAGCACUCCUCCCUCGACGACGCCGUCGCUUUCUUCCGCGCCAUGAGGCGCGCCGGCGUGCGCCCGGCCGUGCACAGCUUCACCUACCUCUUGAAGGCCUGCGGCGACCGCUCGGACCUGGGGCGGGGCAGGGAGAUACACUCGCAGCUGAUCGCCAGUGGCUUUGGCUCCAAUGUGUUUGCCAUGACCGCCGUCGUAAACAUGUAUGCGAAAUGUCGCAGGAUCGAGGAGGCGAGGAGGAUGUUCGAUAGAAUGCCUGAGAGGGACUUGGUGGCGUGGAAUGCCAUCGUUUCCGGGUAUGCGCAGAACGGGAUGGCAGAGAGGGCUUUGGAGAUGGUGAUAAGAUUGCAAAAGGAUGGUCACAAGCCUGAUUCAAUCACCCUCGUCUCGGCUUUGCCUGCCUGUGCCAAUGUUGGAUCUUUGAAGAUCGGGAAAACCGUUCAUGCUUUUGCCAUGAAGGCUGGCUUUGAUUCUUUGGUGAAUGUCUCAACUGCUCUCGUGGAUAUGUAUUCAAAGCGGGGGGCAAUUGAGACCGCAAGGUUGGUGUUCGAUAGUAUGCGGCUGAAGAAUGUUGUCUCGUGGAAUUCUAUGAUCGAUGGAUAUGGGCAAAAUGGGGAUGCAGAGGAAGCCUUGAGACUGUUUAAGAAGAUGAUGGCAGAUGGUAUCCAGGCCACAGAUGUUACCAUAAUGGGUGCUUUGUAUGCCUGUGGUGAACUGGGGGAUCUCGAGGAGGGGAGGCAUGUUCAUGAGUUGCUUACAAGAACUGGCUUCGAGUCUGAUGUUUCUGUUCUGAAUGCACUCAUCACCAUGUAUUCAAAGUGUAAGAGAAUUGAUCUUGCUGAAGAUGUUUUUGAGAACAUGCCGGUAAAGAGUCUUGUGUCUUGGAAUGCUAUGAUCUUGGGCUAUGCACAGAAUGAUCGUGUUGAGGAUGCUUUGAGACUCUUCAACAAGAUGCAGUGGGAGAAUGUAAAGCCAGAUUCAUUCACUAUGGUUAGUGUAAUUCCUGCACUCGCUGACAUAUCUGUCUUGAAGCAGGCAAAAUGGAUACAUGGCUUGGCUAUUAGAUUGUGUACGGACAAAAAUAUAUUCAUCAUGACUGCUCUCGUAGAUUUGUAUGCCAAGUGCGGGAGCGUUCGUAUAGCACGAAGACUCUUUGAUGCAAUGGAGGAGAGGCAUGUCACGACAUGGAAUGCGAUGAUAGAUGGUUAUGGGACGCAUGGUUUUGGGAAGUCUGCAAUUGACCUGUUUGAACAGAUGAAGAGGAGCUCUGUGAAGCCAAAUGACAUAACAUUGCUGAGUGUUCUUUCGGCUUGUGGUCACUCUGGUUUAGUCCAGGAGGGGAAGAAAUACUUUGCCAGCAUGAAGGAGUACUAUGGCUUCGAGCCUAAUAUGGAUCACUAUGGUUGCAUGGUGGACCUGCUGGGCCGUGCCGGGAGGCUUGAUGAAGCUUGGGACUUUAUUCAGAAAAUGCCAAUCAGACCGGGUAUUAGUGUUUAUGGUGCCAUGUUGGGUGCUUGUAAGAUCCACAAAAAUGUAAAGUUGGGUGAGGAGGCAGCACAGAGAUUGUUUGAGCUAGAACCGGAUGAGGGAGGGUACCAUGUUCUAUUGGCUAACAUCUAUGCUGCAGCUUCAAUGUGGGAGGAUGUAGCAAGGGUGAGGACUAUGAUGGAGAAGAAAGGGCUGCAGAAGACUCCUGGUUACAGUUCAAUCGAUUUGAAGAAUGAGAUACAUACCUUCCAUUCUGGAAGUACUGAUCAUCCACAAUCACAGAAGAUCUACACAAGAUUAGCUAGGCUAAUAGAUGAGAUUAAAGCUGUCGGCUAUAUGCCUGAUAGUGAUUCUUUACAUGAUGUGGAAGAGGAUGUUAAAGAACAGCUGCUCGGAACACACAGCGAGAAGCUUGCGAUCGCAUUCGGGCUCAUAAACACUACACCAGGAACCACAAUUCAAAUACGAAAGAACCUUCGUGUCUGCAACGAUUGCCAUAAAGCAACCAAGUUCAUAUCUCAGGUCACAGGUAGGGAGAUUAUCGUGAGGGAUAUGCAGCGAUUCCAUCAUUUCAAGAACGGGCAAUGUUCCUGUGGAGAUUAUUGGUAGCCAGUGUUUCCACUUCAAGUGGAACUACAGCUGCUAUUUCUUAUUGUAUAGGCUUCAUGUGAUUGUUGUUUCUUUUGAGUUUUGGGGUGUUGAUGACCUUCAAACAAAUGUAUUACUCAUUCUAUCAUUAUAAGAAUGUAAUACGUCUAAAGUGUAACAUGUUCCCUUGCAGUAUCCAUAAUUUGAUGAAAGAAUGACAAUUUACGUGACA